AAAGCCUAGAAGAAGGAGGAGGAGGAGGAGGAGAAGAUAAGGGAGAAAUGAACAGUGAAGCUGGUAAUAAAGAUGAAAUAAAUGGAGGGUGGCGUGGAAGUAGAGAAGGAGACACGCCAUUGUCCCGUAGGGUUUCGUAGGGGUGACCCAUUUCUCUUCUGGGUCCACUCUCUCUCUCAGAGAGAGAGCUUAUAAGUGUUGUAUGACUCAUUGAGAAAUGAUGGGUACAAAGCAUUUCUUGAUCAAAACACGACCUCUUCAAAGCUUCAUAUGUGUCAAUCACUCGUUUCCUUCUUCUUUUUCUUCAUUUCUCUGCUGCCCAAAUACUCUUUGUCUCUCCCCCUAUCUCUUAGAACUCUACCUUUUCAAGCUUAACCAGGCCCUUUCAAUUUCUCAAUAUAGUAAGUGAAUAAUCAGCUAAGGGCUUCAAUAAUCAUUGCUGAUCUUCACUUUAGUAAUUUGCCUUGAAAACUGAGUGAGAUGACUGAGCAGGCUCAAAAUUCAGAGACUGAAAGCUGCUCAAACUCAUCGUCGUCGUCGUCAUCACCACCCUCACCUUCACCCUCCUCACCAGGUUCGGCCGCAAAUUCUAACUCUGUCCCAUCAAAAACCCAACAAGAACCAGUGAGUGUACAAGAACCAAACUCCCCAACCAAAAAGAUCAAACGCUUACGAGAUUCUAACAAACACCCAGUCUACCGUGGAGUUCGCAUGCGAAACUGGGGCAAAUGGGUGUCUGAAAUCCGCGAGCCACGGAAGAAAUCCCGCAUUUGGCUCGGUACUUUUCCUACCCCUGAAAUGGCUGCUCGAGCCCAUGAUGUUGCUGCUUUAAGCAUCAAGGGCAACUCUACAAUUCUCAACUUCCCUGAGCUCGCCAACUACCUCCCUCGCCCAGCUUCACUCGCCCCACGAGACGUUCAAGCCGCCGCAGCAAAGGCAGCUCAAAUGGACAACUUCGAUAAAAAGUUCGAGUCAAAAACAACUUCCUCACUGUGUUCUUCUUCCGCCACUUCUUUAUCCUCCCUAGUAUCGGCGAUGGACUUAUCUACAGGAUCAGGGUCGGAAGAGGAGUUGAGUGAGAUCGUGGAGUUGCCAAGUCUAGGAACGAGUUACGACUCGUCCGAGUUGAUGAGCGACUUUCUGUUGGAUGACUCAGUGGAGGAAUGGGUGUAUCCUCCGCCCUGGCUGCAAUUUACGGAGGAUAAUUACAGCGGUGGGUGUGUGUUUGACGAGCCAACAGCGGCAGCUGGGGAAGGCUUUGGGCAAGGUUUGUUAUGGGAAUGUAAUUAGCUUUUUAUUUGUUCUGCUUGUUAAUAAUUUGUAAUUUUAUGUAUGUGAGUGUCGUCUUCUUCUU